AUUUUUAUUUUUUAUGGUGGCUUCUUUUUCCUUUUCCCGGGAGAACGAUUCUUUUAUGCCAUAAUGUUUUGGCUCUUCGGGGUUUCCCUUUUCUUCUCUCUGAGAGGGUUCUUUUCUUUCGUCGUCAGUCAUGGCUCUGCCGUGUAAUCUCACUUCAUUCUUUGCGAUUUUCCCUUUGAUUUCUAUUCCAUUUAGUGCAGUUUUUGUUCAAUUUUCGAAAAUCCCAAAAACAUUUUUGCUUUUUUUUUUUUUCUUCCCUUGCAUCAAACCCUAAUGUAGAUCGGGGGUUUUUUGGUCUGAAUACAACGAGAGAGUCUUUCCAGCUCUAGAUCUGUGGCUUUUGGUCUGAAUACAACGAGAGAGUCUUUCUGCUCUAGAUCUGGGGACUGCCUAAUAAAGAUAAGGAUUCGAAUGCUUCAGUCGGAAGGAUCUGCGCCUUAAUUCGUCGAUAAUGGUUUGGUUACUGGUGAAUCGAAGGAUUUACGCUCGGUCUCUAAUGCCGGAAUUUCCAUCUAAUAGAUCCAGCCAGGUUUAUGGGGUAGCCAAGAAGAUCAAAUCCUUCCUGGGCACUGGUUUGGAGGCAGGUGACUCGUUGGAGGAAUUCAAACUAAAUCCUAACGCAAGGAGUUUCACCCCAUCACAAACAACUGUUAGGCCUCCAUCACCAGUAUAAGAUGGUUCCUUCUAUUAUCCACCCAGUGUGUCACCUGUAACACAUAUGCAUGGCAUGUCUGUUGGUUUUGGGAUUGGACCAUCAUUUGGUGCACACCAGCCUGUUAUAUUUAAUCUGACGGUGGCACCAAUGCAGUCACCACAAGCAUACUUUAAUCCAAAUGGGGCUCAGUAUGGGCAGCAGCAAAUGUUUCUUGGGAAGUCUGGGCAAGUUGUGUGCAUGCCAAGCUACCAACCUGAAUCAUAAUGAUAAUGGCUUGCUUGAUAAAAGAUGGUACUUUGCAAGGAGAGAAGGCUAUUGCAGAGUUUGUUAGCAAGGCUCCAUCAAAGACAUUAAUUAUAACUGCCAAAGAACUCGUGCAAGUUAUAGCAAAGGAUGUUGCUGGUGCGAAGGAUGGCCUUGCAAGGGAGCUCCGACAUGAAAAGCAGCAAGCAAUUAUGACAGACUCUGCAAUAUCACAAUCUCAUGAUGUUAAGAUGGGGAGAGUUGAAACCCUGGGUUCCUGAUGCAGAUGAUCCACAGCAUCCAGAGCAAGAAAACAUAUUUGAUGGCCAUUGGAAUAGCUUGUUAUUUUAUAAUCCUUUAAUAUUUUCUUGCAAAUUCUCUGUUUGUGAUUUUAUUGUUCCAUUAUCUUCUUUACUUUAUAGGCUUGCAUCUUAAUUGUUUAAUGGAGAGCAACAUUUUAAUUUGGAUAUUAAAUUGUGUCCUAGUUUUAACCGUCUUUCCUUUUGCUUUCUUAUUUAUGGAUUCCAGAAAAAAGAAAAAAAAAAAGGGGAUUUUCCAUGAGGAGCAAUUUAAUGGGACAUGACUGUUGAUAUUAUUUUGUGGUGGCCUUUAUUGAAAGUUUGAUGUCCCUUGUGAUGUUGUUGGGUUAAUCAAAUUUGGGGAUUUGA